AUGUCUCAAGUCUACAAUCUAGACAUCGUCGGCGCAUUCUACGGGAACAUGGACGUCGCCUUCAAGGUGCGCCAGCUUUACAUCGACGCCGCCACCAGCAAUCCCAACAAUAACUCCUUCUCGAUCACGCCGAUCAACGCUCUCUUCGGCAAGGAUCCCCUCCCAGACUCCGUCAAGAUCUGUACCGUCGCACCUUUCAAGCCUCUGCCGCCUGAGCACAUCGCUCUCACAAUCAACUACGACGGUCCCGCUCUCAACCCGUUUGCGCCCACCUACACAUAUGCCGAGCUCACCCUGCUCAACGCAAGUACAACUUGGACUGUAUUUAACAGUCAGAUCGUCACUUCAGCAGCGGACGCGUUGACCGCUGCCGUCUUCGCUUAUGUACCCACUACAGCUAGCACCGAUCCUGCCCUUGCAGUCUGGUCACCCUGCCACCAGCUGCUUGGAUACGCGCUUGCAAAGACCGAAGUCGACUACGAGUUGGCCGCCUCCUGCGACUCGAGUGUGCUCCCCCUGGGCCUGACGCCCCCCUCCGCCUCCCGUCCGACUAUCCUUGCCGAGGCCGCGAAUGGGCAGAUCCUCGCCGCGAGCCUGGGCACCGCACUUGGAGACCUCGACGCAUCCAAACUUUACUUUGAGUGGGUGCCCGUGGCCAGUCUUCCUACACUGGACGCCGCGGUGCUUGCAGACCUGCUCGAUGCGUGCGCGGUAUCCACUUUCAGCAUCCUCGCCCAGCUUCGUCUGGUCGUUCCUGGAGAUCAAACUUGGCUUUUUCGGGACGGGCUCGCUCCCCAUGCUCGUGCAGAAGCUGCGUGGCGGUGGAUGAGCCUGACGAGUGACCAGCGCACGAAGCUCAACCGCACUUACCGCGAUGCAAGUCGUCUUCCGCGCGAGCGGAAGCAGCGCGCCGCUGAACCCGGGCCUACAGACAUUCAUCACCGAGGGCUUACGCUCGUCAAGGCGUUACGAACUGAGUGGACACGGAUGGUCCUUGUGAUACGAGGCGAACGAGGUGUAUUUCACAACACAUAUAUGAUGCGACGCGAUAGGAUGAGUCAAGGGAGACUGGAAAGUGUAUCGCUCAUUUGUGAUGAACGGGAUCAGUUGCGCAUGGUACUGUGCCGUGCUUAG